UAAUAAUAGCAUCACAAACUUAGUUUUACUACAGUUUAUAGCUCAGGGGUAAAACCGGGAUUGUCAUAGCAAUCUACCUGAAAAACAUUGUUCAUAGAAACCUACCAGGAUUUCAGUGUAAGUGUAGCAGUACAUAGUAGUGGCGUAUGGGAUCUAGGACAGCAUGUCUUGUCGACGACCGGUGAUAUCUUCAAACGGGGGCAGAAAUGCUCGAUACGAAUAUACAGCACUAGAGCCUAACACAAACGAAAGUACACCAGAAGACGACUUUGAUAAAAGAGUUCUCGAGGACUCGUUCCAAAGGGCGGUAACAGAAAAGACAAACCUGUGCCUCCUGGGGAAACAAGAUGCUGAGAACGAAGUAUACCUAGACUGGGUGAUUGCGAGAGAGGGAGACAAGGACACAGCACUGCUGUAUAUCAUAGAAAAUCUGAAAACCGAGGAAAGGGUACAAGUCUUGGUCAGUUGCUUACUGAUGAGCCGGGGCGCGGAUCCAUCUGUUUACAAUACGUUGCAAGAGACGCCAUUGCAUGUUGCUGUAAAAAGGAAAUUUAAAGGAGUAUGCAAGAAACUUUUAGAAAAAGGCGCCUGGCCGAAUCCUAAAGACAGUGAAGGGCGGUUACCAUUUUCUCUAGCUGAAGAGAAUGACGACGAUGACAUUGCAUCCAUGCUUAUCCUCUACAUGAAGAACCACGAGGUACGACAACUAUUUUCCUAUCACGGGACAGUUCCAGCUGAAUUCAGCUUCCACAAUCUGCUUCGAUCUGGAAAAAUGGAGAAGACUGUCAUGGCCGUCCUCAAUUGCUUGGUAGACUUGGAAGGUACCGAUGGAAAGGCUACCGUCUACUUCCACAUACUUGAGAGUGACGAAAAGGGAAGGCAUCCAAAGACAAAAGACUUCAACCAAAAAGACAGAUCACCGUUCCAAAUAAUAGCAAAAAGCGGAAACAAAACAAUCGUUAAUCACGAUAUAAUACGGUUGCUGGUACGGAGGAAGUGGAAACAUUAUGCGAGACUCCGAUUUCUUGUGAAUGCAAUUCUAUUCAUAUGCAACCUUGCCUGCCUGGCUUACGCUGCCAUAACCGCAGCCAAAGCGGACGACCCUCUGGUGUAUGACAGCCCUCGGGACAUCGUUCGGGCAGUAUGCGAGGUGUUGAGUGUUAUCACCGCAAUUAUCACGCUCUUUUUGGAAAUCCACCAUAUCAUUAAGCACAAACUGGAAUAUUUAACGGAGAAAUUUAACUACCUGGAGCUAUUCUCCGCGCUGUUCCUACUUAUCCUGGUUCCACUCCGCUUUACAAACAACGAUAACCAAUGGCAGAUCUACUCAGUUGUCUUCCUUCUAUGGACUCUCCGGAUAUUCAAAUAUGCAGCGGUGUUUAGGCAAACUGGUGCUUAUGCACAAAUUCUGGUUCGCGUAAUAGCUAAUGACUUCUUCCAGUUCAUGGUGGUCUUCACAGUAUUUCUACUAGUCUUUAGUGGGACGCUUCUCCUCGCACUAAGGGGCGAGAAUCAGACGGCCAUUAUCAGCGAUACAAGUUCUUUUUGGGCGAUCUUAUUUCUAGGACUCCGGAUAUUGGUUGAAUCAGAGAAGGUCAUAGAGUACACAAACAUUGAUCCAUGGAGCUGUUUCAUCAUGGUCCUAUUCUUAUUCUCAUGCAUGGUGUUAUUGCUAAACCUACUGAUUGCCCAGUUAAGUGGCACGUACCAGCACAUACAACAGGGUGCUCCAAGAGGCCUGGAGGUCAACCGGGCCUGGAUCGUGGCCCGGAUAGAGCUGAGGAGCAUGCUGGUCCAACAGGGAUUCAGAUUUAAAUACUACCUAGAGAAGAAGGAGUUGAAGGAUAUCAACAAGGUGUUGGAAAAAUGGGAGUCUCCUCCCUUGCAGGAAAUGAACAAGAAUAUGCAAGCUAUAGAAGAAUGUGUUGAAACCCAUAAACUUUAUCUCCAAUCAGUAACAACUCGACUAGCGAGACAAGAACGAACACUCAUCAGAAUACAAGAAACGCUGGAUACUUUGUCGAGAAGAAUGAUACCUGAUUGGACGAUCAAUAAUCUCAAUAAUGACGCAUGUGCCAAUGAUGACGUCACGAUAUAAGAAGUCAAGAGAAAACAAUACUAGUCAAAAUGACCCCAAAGCCCCUUAGGUCAGAGACAUCGCUGAUUUCCACAUGAUAAACAAACUCA